AUGGAAUUGGAUGUAAUUGCUGAAAUAGAUAAAAGAAUUCGUGUGUGUCUUGCAACAAAGAGAACAUACAAGAUGGAAACAAAGGAAAUCUCAAAGAAAGAAGAAUCUAGUUCUGAAUCUGUGUGCACCAAAUGUGAAAAAUCUGAAGCUGACAAUAUAAAACUCUUGAAGAAUGUGGAGAGUUUGACAUUGGAAAUUCAAGCUUUGAAAGAUGAGAAGAAAGUUGAUGAGAAACAGAUUCUUGAAAUACAAGAAAAUUCUGAGAAUUUGAAAUCUGAAAAUAAUGACAAGUCUAGCAAAACAGAUUCAUCAGAUACAAAUCUGAGGACUAACGGGGUAUUGAAGAAAGAGAAAGUGGUUAAUCAAAAGAUUAACAAAACAAAGAAAGUGAAAUUUUCACUUCCUCGUGAUGAAUUUGUUUCACCGGAAAUAAAGGAGCCAGUUGUUGGCAAUGAUCUUAACUCUUCAAUGUCAAAAGAGCCAUGUUCAGGCGAUGAAUCUGGUGAUAGAAAGGUUUCUGAUCCUGUUGCUACGGAAAGCCAGGAUGCAAUUCAGAACCUGUGGAGAGCUUAA